CCUCUCUACCUGCAGUAACAAGCACUGAGCUGCUGGAUGAUCUUGAGUGCCUCCUUGGGCAAACUGUGCCUCCAUCUCAGGACCUACCACCACCUUUUGAGACCCUGCAUCUAAAAUGCAAGCUCAGCAGCCAGUGGUUAUCAUGACUCAGCCUGCAUGUAGUCCCAUGGCCCAAACCAACAACUGGCAGACCGGCAUAUUUGAUUGUAUGAGCGACUUCGGAGUUUGUAUCUGUGGCACAUUUUGCCAUAUGUGCCUUUCAUGUCAAGUUGCAGCUGAUAUGAAUGAAUGCUGUAUGUGUGGGGGAAGCGUUGCAAUGAGAACCCUGUACCGGACCCGAUACGGCAUUCCUGGGUCCAUUUGUAAUGAUUACAUGAUCACCCUCUUCUGUCCUAAUUGUUCUCUUUGCCAACUCAAGAGAGACAUCAAUAGACGGAAAGCCAUGAAUGCUUUCUAAAAAGAAGGAAAAUGGGAAUCUAGAGGUGAACAUUCUUAAUGAAGGAAUUAAACAGCAAAUACUUUCAGGACUUCUUUACUAUCUUUUGGACCAGAAGAUAUGUUCAAGCGCAAUUAAAUAAGCUAAAAUUUUAGAAUUUUGCUUUGUGCUACAAACUUGAUGUCACUAAAUUUUGCCAAAUGGUACAGCUUAGUUUCUCCUUGCUUUCUUGAUAUGAAAUUUUUUGGCUUACAAAUUUUGCAUUAUAGCUAAAUGGGAACCAAAUAAAAGAUUUUACUAACUCAUC